AAAGAACUUGGUUUAGAUAAAUGUUCUAAAACAAAAAACUUAGAUGACUAUAUAACUCUCUAUCAUAAUCUUGAACAAUAUGAUCUAGAAGCAGUUAGAUCACUAACAAAAGAUGAAUUGAAAGAUAAAUUAAAGGUAGACCCAGGAUCUAAAAUGCAAGUAUUCAGAAAAGAUAAAUCUAAAAAUUUAAUUAAUAAAGAAUUUGGAUACUUAGAAGAGAUAAAUAAUAAGCAAAAAAAUUGGAUAAAGAUUUAA